GUCAGCGAGCGUGGUCCUGGCGUCAUCUGUCAGCGCGAGAUCUUCGGACGAGCACGUGAAAAACAUGAGAACGUUAAAAAUCUUAACAACAGAUUGAAUCUGUAUUGAACACACAAAGUGACGUAAUUUAACAAAAACAUCGCGAAGAGUACAACCUGAGGAAAGAGGUCGUGCUAAAACUUCAAGACAUCAGCGACUGUUCGUAAAAGAACGAACAAACAAACAAAUAAAUAAAUAAAGGAAAGCGAUGGAGAAUCCCGAAGAGUUACUGCAGCUGCACGAGGAUGAGGAGAUCAUCGAAGUCAUUGAUCUGAGUGACACGGAACACACCGCAGAUGAUCUGGCAGAUGAACUGGAGGAUGUGGAUGUUGCUGAUGCUGAACACAUGAAUGAUGAUGGUGGAUGGGAGACAGAAGAUGAGAUGGAGUCUGAGCAGGAUGAAAGUGAACUUACUUUCUCCAAACACACUGGUUCAGUGUUCUGCGUUGCUUUAGAUCCGGUCAGUAACACUCUGGCUGUGACUGGUGGAGAGGACGACCGGGCUUACGUGUGGACCGUGUGCGAUGGAGACGUGCUGUUUGAAUGCACCGGUCAUAAAGAUUCAGUCACGUGUGCAGCGUUCAGCUGUGACUCGAGCCUGGUGGCGUCCGGUGAUAUGAGCGGUCUCAUUAAAGUCUGGAGAGUGGAGAGCAAGGAAGAGAUCUGGUCUUUUGAAGUCGGAGACCUGGAGUGGUUGGAGUGGCACCCGUGCGCUCCGGUUCUGCUGGCCGGCACGGCCGAUGGAAACAUGUGGAUGUGGAAGAUACCAAGCGGAGAGUGCAAGACCUUUCAAGGGCCCAACUGCCAGGCCACUAGUGGAAAAAUUCUUCCUGACGGAAAGAGAGCAGUUGUGGGAUAUGAGGAUGGAAGUUUACGUCUAUGGGACCUAAAACAAGGCAACACUAUAUAUGUUAUCAAAGGUCAUGAGGGUCACCGGGGGGCUCUGACAUCGAUGGCGUGCAGUAAAGACGGAUCUCUGGUUCUGAGCGGGUCUGUGGACGGCCAUGCCAAACUCAUCAGCACAUCCACAGGAAAGGUUGUGUUCUCGUUUAACAAUGACAUCGGUGAAGCAAAAGAUUUGGGGUCAGAAGAGGAAUGUCACUCUGUGGAAUCUGUGGGCUUUUGUAAUGUUUUGCCUCUGAUCGCUGUUGGCUAUCUGGACGGCACUCUGGCCAUUUUUGAUGUGAACACACAGAGUCUCAGACAUCGCUGUAAGCAUGAGGUUGGGAUAGUUCACCUGCAGUGGGAAGAGUCAUCUGCAGUGGUUUCCACAGGUAAUCUGGCUGGUGUUGUCACUCUCUGGGACGCUCGAUCUGGAGUCAUGAUGUCAGAGUAUCGUGGCCACUCUGCCGAGAUCCUUGACUUUGUGCUCAACAGAGAGGCGUCAGCAGUUGUGACUGCGGGAGGAGACCAUAAAGCCAAAGUUUUUUGUCUGCAGAGACCGGACCGUUAGAGCUGAACCACUUCCAGCUAUAAAGCACAGAAUCAAGACUUUAUAGUCUGACAGCUGGACUGUUUGUCCUCUCUUGUUUAAAGUGACACACACACACGGAUGUGGCAUGGAGUUGUAAAGAAACAAGGUGUUUCGUCAGUCUGCGCAAGCGUUACAGUGAAUGUGCCGUUAGAUUUCAGUUUCAUUACAGACUCUUCAACUGACCGGCCAGAUCAUCUGGGUUGUUUAAAUAGUUGUUUGCAUUUUGAAUCUGUGAUGUCAUGACUCUGUUUGCUGGUGGAGAAACAAGAAAUAAACCAGGUUUAAUUC